CCACUGGAAUUGUCCAAUGCCCGGCCCAUUUCAGCCAUUAAAUACGGCUGAAAAAGCAGAAGAGAGCAGGCUGGCAGAGACGGACUCCUCGAGACUCUCGACUCCCGAUAUCUCUCUCUCUCUCUCUCUCUCCUCCCUCCGUCUUCGCCUUUCAUUCUCAUUUUCUUGAGAAGAGAAACGCUAGCAAGCAAAGAGACUAUGAGGACCGCCGUGCUCAGAUCAAUCCGGUCAAGGCUUACCAGCUCGACCUCCUCCAGUUCCCCCCACCUCCUCCGCCGCUGCUAUGGGACUGAGUCCGUCCCCGAGCGCAAGGUCGCCGUUCUCGGAGCCGCUGGCGGCAUCGGGCAGCCCCUCGCCCUCCUCAUGAAGCUCAACCCCCUCGUCUCCAAGCUCGCCCUCUACGAUAUUGCCGGCACUCCCGGUGUCGCUGCUGACGUCAGCCACAUCAACACUAGAUCUGAGGUUGCCGGUUACAUGGGUGAGGAGCAGCUUCGACAGGCCUUGGAGGGAUCAGAUGUAGUUGUCAUUCCAGCUGGCGUUCCUAGAAAACCUGGAAUGACCCGUGAUGACCUCUUCAACAUUAAUGCAGGCAUAGUCAAGUCGCUGUGCGCUGCAAUCUCCAAGUACUGCCCGAAUGCACUUGUGAAUAUGAUCAGCAAUCCUGUGAACUCAACUGUCCCUAUUGCUGCUGAGGUUUUCAAGAAAGCUGGAACAUAUGAUGAGAAGAAACUAUUCGGUGUGACCACCCUUGAUGUUGUUCGAGCAAAGACUUUCUAUGCUGGAAAAGCCAAGGUUCCAGUUGCAGAUGUGAAUGUUCCAGUUGUUGGUGGUCAUGCGGGCAUUACAAUCCUCCCACUCUUUUCCCAAGCGACACCAAAAGCCAAUUUAUCUGACGAAGAAAUUGUAGCUCUUACUAAGCGGACACAGGAUGGAGGAACGGAAGUCGUGGAAGCUAAGGCUGGAAAAGGCUCUGCAACCUUGUCAAUGGCCUAUGCGGGAGCUAUCUUUGCUGAUGCCUGCUUGAAGGGACUCAACGGUGUCCCUGAUGUUGUGGAGUGCUCAUUUGUGCAGUCGAACAUUACUGAAUUGCCGUUCUUUGCUUCUAAGGUGAAGCUUGGAAAGAAUGGCGUUGAGGAAGUGAUGGGGUUGGGUCCUCUCUCUGACUACGAGAAGCAAGGGCUAGAGACUCUGAUCCCAGAACUCAAAGUUUCUAUCGAGAAAGGCAUCAAGUUUGCCAACCAGAAUUGAGUGGCACCUCAAUCGAUCAAUGGGCCCAUUAUUUUUUCGGAUUUCAAGACAGAGAUUUUGCUAUAUUUCCGGAUAUUGUAUUUGCUGCGGUGAUCGCACGAGCUUGUGCUGGAAUCACAGAGGGUAGGCCUUGGUGUAAGAUAGGCGUAUUCACUUUUUCUCCUUAAUAAUUCCGAACUUAGCUGCGGACAGUGGAAGAAGUCCUAGAGUGAACUUGUAUUUGAUGAGAGGGGAACCAUGUCUCUCUGAAGUCGUCCUUUCGGUAACUUAUAAAAUAGUUGAGAAAUAAAGUAGUAGCUAAAACAUGCAAUGUUUGCAAUGUCGUUGGCAUGA